GUGUGAGAAACUAAAGUCUUUUCGCCGGGUUCUCAGAGCAUCUUCGCACACGUUGACUUGAUCAUCGCCGAUCAACAACGACGUGUCUGUAACGCAUCAGGAAUCACCUGCAGCCAUGUGUUAUUCCCGCCCGGGAUCCUUGGCUCCCCGUUCCACACUCCUUCGGCGUCAUUUUGAAUGAAGAGGGGUCAGUCCCGUGCCCCGUGUAGCCGGCGAGCUUGUGUAAGCUCCUAGAUGGGGUAAUGCGGAGUAGUCGUGCAGAUGCCGGCUUCAAAAACAAUGUGAUCUGCUCAAUGACUGACACUCGGAACUUGACCUUUGCUCAGUCUCGUCCUAGACCUUCUGCACUUAUUCAAUUAUGGCUUUCCGUACACCAGCUAGGACAUUCUUGACAGCCUCGUCAAAGCUUGUAGUCGCACCACGAGUCGCAGUGCCAACCUGCAAUCAAGUUCGAAGAUAUGCUACACCGAAGAUGGACCAACAAAACCGCACCGCAAUCGUCACCGGCUCAGCACGCGGAAUCGGCAAAGCAAUUGCCCUCCGCCUUGCCCAUGACGGCUACGACAUCUGCGUAAACGACAUCCCUGCAAACCAAUCAGAAGCGGACGCCGUAGCCUCAGAAAUCAAGAGCAUGGGCCGAAGCGCAAUUGCCGUCGCAGCAGACGUCUCCAACCUCUCAGAAGUGCAGAGACUAGUCCAGACCAGCGUCGAUGAGCUAGGACCUCUGAACACGAUGGUAGCCAACGCGGGCAUCGCGCAGGUCAAGGCGCUGCUAGAUCUAACGGAGCAAGAUCUGAAGCGGAUGUUUGACAUCAACGUUUUUGGCGUCUUUAAUUGCUACACCACCGCCGCCAAACAAAUGAUCAAGCAAGGCUCCGGCGGCAAGCUCCUCAGCGCCGCCUCCAUCGUAGCCUUCAAGCCCUUCGCCCUGCUUAGCCACUAUAGCGCCUCCAAAUGGGCUGUGCGCGGCAUGACGCAGGCGUUCGCCAUGGAGAUGGCCGAGCACAAGAUCACUGUCAAUGCGUACGCGCCGGGUAUUGUGGGUACGGCGAUGUGGGAUCUCAUUGACGAGGAGCUGGGGAAGAAAACGGGGGCAAAGAAGGGCGAUACGAUCAAGAAGUAUACGGGGGAGUUGAUUGCGCUGGGGAGGACGAGCGUGCCUGAGGAUGUGAGUAAUACGGUGAGCUUUUUGUGUUCCAAGGAUUCGGACUACAUGACCGGACAGACGAUCGUCAUCGACGGUGGCAUCAUUUUUACAUAGUAAGUAGGC